UCAGAGGUGCAGUUCGUUCAUGUCUUAAAUGAGAUGAAUACUACCCGAGAGCGGAGGAGAGACGCAAGCCAUGUGAUGUGGAUGGUGGUGUUUUGGACGGGGAUUUCUCUGCGUCAUGGCGGUGACGGCCGGCAGUGAAAAAUGGAGUGAACGACAUGCAAGCACGAAGUUUACAGUGGCCACGAGGAAGAAAGACGUUUGGCAGUUUGCGAGUGAAAAGGAAGCGGAGGCUUACUUGGGAUUGGAUGCCCACCACAUCCUUGUCCUCCUCCUCGGCCACUGCUUCCGCUGAUUACUGUUUCCAUUGAUGGCCACCUACUGUUUUUGUACCACAUGCCGCCAUCGGUUUCCUCCCUGUUCUGCUUCUGCCUCAUCAUUUUGCCCUGCAGAGUUCCCAAAACGCAUCACGCUGGCUGUGGUGGUGGUUGUGGAGUUUCUUUCCCCGGUUCUACAUUUCUGGAUAAUCAAGGAGGGCUCUUGUGGCAUUCCAAUCCUUGAGUAAAGCUUUCUAUUAGGUAUUAACAGAGACUGGUGAAAGGAUACCAUAUAUCCUCAGAGCACCUUUAAAGUAAAGAAUGAAUACAACUAAGGUGAAGCGUCGAGUGGGCAAAUAUGAGCUAGGACGUACUAUCGGGGAAGGAACCUUUGCAAAGGUUAAAUUUGCAAGGAACAUUGAGACUGGGGAACCUGUUGCCAUCAAGAUUCUUGACAAGGAGAAGGUGCUCAAGCACAAGCUAGUAGAACAGAUCAAGCGGGAGAUUGCCACUAUGAAGUUAAUAAAGCAUCCCCAUGUUGUUCGCAUCUAUGAGGUGAUGGGUAGCAAAACAAAAAUCUUCAUUGUACUUGAAUUUGUCACAGGGGGAGAGCUCUUAGACAAAAUAGUAAACCAUGGCCGGAUGAGGGAGGAUGAAGCACGGAGAUAUUUCCAACAACUAAUUAAUGCUGUGGACUAUUGCCAUAGCAGGGGAGUUUACCACCGUGAUCUGAAGCCAGAAAACUUACUCCUUGAUGCUUACGGGAACCUGAAAGUUUCAGAUUUUGGCUUAAGUGCUCUAUCUCAGCAAGUCAGGGAUGAUGGCUUGCUUCAUACUGCCUGUGGUACUCCAAAUUAUGUUGCUCCAGAGGUUCUCAAUGAUAGAGGUUAUGAUGGAGCAACUGCAGAUUUAUGGUCAUGUGGAGUCAUCCUAUUUGUACUGUUAGCAGGAUACUUGCCUUUUGAGGAUUCUAAUCUUAUGACCUUGUACAACAAAAUUUCAGCUGCUGAGUUUACAUGCCCAUCUUGGCUUUCUUUUGAUGCCAUGAAAUUAUUGUCCAGAAUACUGGAUCCAAAUCCAGUGACACGUAUAACUAUUCCAGAGAUAUUGAAGGAUGACUGGUUCAAGAAAGGCUACAAGCCCCCUGUGUUUGAGGAAAAAUAUGAUGCAAAUUUGGAUGAUGUGGAUGCCGUUUUCAAAGACUCUGAAGAACAUCAUGUGAAGGAGAAGGAAGAACAACCAACAUCAAUGAAUGCCUUUGAACUGAUAUCGAUGUCAAAGGGCCUUGAUCUUGGCAAUUUGUUUGACGUAGAACAGGAAUUCAAAAGGGAAACAAGAUUUACAGCAACAUGUCCAGCCAAUGAAAUUAUCAGCAAGAUUGAGGAAGCUGCAAAACCACUUGGAUUUGAUGUUCAGAAAAAGAAUUACAAGAUGAAGCUGGAAAACAUAAAAGCUGGGAGGAAAGGGAAUCUCAAAGUCGCAACUGAGAUUUUUCAAGUGGCACCCUCUCUUCAUAUGGUAGAGGUGCGAAAAGCGAAAGGAGACACUUUGGAAUUCCAUAAGUUCUAUAAGAAUCUCUCUAACAGCCUCAAGGAAGUUGUUUGGACAUCCGAGGAGGAAGCGCAAGACCAAGCUGCUUAGAAACAGAAACUGCAUUAAAACACCAGUAUAUUCUGUUCAUCGCCCUUCUCUCUCUCUCUCUCUCUCUCUCUCUCUCUCUCUUCAGGUGGUUUACAACCUAAUCCUGAAUGUUAGCAUGUUUUCCCUCUGUAAUUCUUUCAUUGCCUUAAGUCUACUGUGAUUGUCAAUGUUGACGAUGGACUCCACCAUUUCUUCAUUUCUUUCGAAGGUGUGUUGUCCUGCUUAUUGUCAGAGGAAAGCAAGGACUUCUGCUGUUGGUAUUGUACUCUUUAUAUCUCAUAUAAAAACCAAAGCACUUCUUUCUACAACCA